AUGGAACCAACUCCUGCUCAGAAUCAUCAUUCGACUUUCCAGGGUUCUUGUGCUGGUGAUGCCAUUUCCGGACGUAAAGAGUCAGAAUGCAGUGAUUUCACUAUCCUAAGGGUUAAUGAUGUCCCCAAAUUUGACCUGGAAUCCUACAUUGCAAACUAUAGUGGAAGGACUAGAUUCUCCAGGCUCUAUUUCAUUGGCAAUUGUUGCAGCCCACUGGCAGUGGAAGCACUGAAUAUGGCCAUCUUGGAAGCCCGGAGCGGAAAGGAUAUAACGAACUACCAGAAAGCUGUAGGAGUGCUUGCCGCGGUGGCACCAUUGGAGGCUGAAGCUAUUUUGGACAUGGUGUGGGUCGAGCAAACAUUAAAGAACGUCAAAGCCGAUACCGACCGAUUGGAACAUGAACUAAAAGGGUAUAAGAAUAACCUCAUAAAGGAAAGCAUUCGAAUGGGAAAUGAGGACCUAGGGCAGCAUUACCACGAGAUUGGUGACCUGGGAGCAGCGUCCAAGGCUUAUUCCAGGAUGCGAGAAUACUGCACUACGACGUCUCACAUCGUUUCUAUGCUUUUCAACAAUAUCAACGUCGCUAUUGACCGCAGAGACUGGUUGUCAGUGCAGUCUAAUGUUUAUCGCCUUCGUAAUAUUCAAUUCAAAGCCGACGACGAGGCAAAAAGCAAGGCAAAAAUGUGGGCAUCACUUGGCUUGUCCCAACUAGCGACAGGCGCUUAUUUUUCUGCCGCUAUCAGUUUUGUGUCAGUCGACCCAAUCCUGGGCGAUACUUAUAAACAAGUGAUAUCUGCAAAUGAUGUUACUAUCUACGGUGGCCUCUGUGCACUAGCUUCAAUGGACAGGACUGAUCUUAUCAACCACGUACUUGAAAACAAGUCAUUUCGGAGUUUUCUCGAAUUGGAACCGCACAUUCGACGAGCAAUAUCUUUUUUUUGUGGCUCGAAAUUCCGCCCAUGCCUAGAUAUCCUAGAGAGUUAUCGUACUGACUAUCUCCUCGAUAUUUAUCUACAAAAACAUGUAUAUCGGCUGUAUGAACAUAUUCGAAACAAAGCAAUACAACAGUAUGUCAUACCGUUCAGCCGAAUUACUUUGCCCGCUAUGGCAACUACCUUUUCCUCCGACGAAAUCAUGACGAGUACGGAUGACGUGAAAGAAACCGAGUCACCAUUUGUGACGGAGCUUCUUACUCUCAUACAGGAUGGUGUUCUUGAUGCUAGAGUGGAUUUGGAGAAGCGUGUUCUUGUUACCAAACGACCCAACAUUCACCUAGAAAAGCACAGUACUGCCCUUCUGAUGGUUACAGACUACCUGGAUAAUGCUCAUGUUCAGCUGCUGCGUCUAAAUUUGUUACAUUCCGGUCUAGAAGUUCCUGAAAGUCAGGUAUGUGGGCCUAGGGCCGAAACCUUGGGGGUCAGUGGGCUUGAGCGUGAAGAAGCGCCUGGAGACUUUGCGUGGAAGGCAUUUACUAGUAAAUUUCACAUGGAUUCUAGGGGAAACCGAUGA